AUGGUGGGGUCUUCCAUCCGUCCAGAUGACUUGGAGUCCUUUAACGUUAUGGGACGGCAAACUGGAACCAGAAGGGAUUUGUCAGGAAGAGAGUUCCUAACGCACUGCCCGCCUGAUAUUCCUCCGCGCCAUCGCAUACUCGCACUUCUGGCCAUAACUGAUGCUGGUGAUAUGGCAUCUCCUUCCCAAGAAUCGGAUGGGUGGAUUGUAUCAGAUUUCUACCUUUUCCACUACUUGCUUUCUCCUGUCUUUCCCACCAUCCGACGUAACCAGCUUUGGAUGACAUGUGAGGAUCCAUCGCGUCUGGUCGACAAGUACACCGAGUACGUUCAUGGUGACCCGAAGGGCGAACGACGGGUCGUCCUCGAUGCUGGAAUGCUGCCAAAUAUCGAUGCCGCUCAGAAUAUUCGGGUGGUCUCCAGAGAGAACUUAUUAGAACGGUACCUUAGCACGCUCCGAGAGCAAGUUAUAGAGGCCGCGGUUAAUGAAGAGCACUUGAUACUUCUUAUCUUCGGCCAUGGAACGGAGGAAUAUGGAGUGCCUACUGGCGGUUCAGUUAUUGAAAAGGAGCCUAUUCUCCAAAUGAAAGACGUUCAUAACCUCCUAUAUCAUUCAAGCCCAGUUACCCUAUUCAUCACAUCAUGCUAUUCUGGUGGGUGGCUAGUGAAACCUAAUAUCAAUGGACGAUUCAUGAAUGCGACAUCAGUCGCAGCAGCAUCUGAUCUCGUUGAAUCUUCGUCAUGGAGCGCUAGUGGAAGUGUUGGUCGUGUUGGAGGCAGCUUGGCUGCAUCCGCUAUGCUGCGCUGUCUCAUCGAUACUGAAGAAACCCUCCGGGAAGCUUCGAGUGAUCCAACAUAUAUCCAGUUUGCUAGUUCUAUCCAUGAUAGCGUGAAGGGGAUGGGAUUGCUAGAGGACGAUGAUUGGGAAAGCAGCUAUAAGAAACGCCUAGGCCUUCCACUCGCAAGCUACCAAACCAAAUGGCUGGAACUCCGCGCAAUACUACCCUUUCCAUCAGAGGAAGAUGAGGUGAGUACAGCUAUGUCUGCUGGACGGUCUACUCAACGAGCUCGUAUUCUUGCACAUGAAUACCUGACGUCCUUCCCAGGGUUUGACGAACUCAGCCCAAAUAUGACUGUUCAUUAUGGAUUAAGAAAUAUCCUGAAGGGCGUUGAGAUAUCAAAUCAUAAGCUAGAUAACCUCACGCAAACAGUAGUUUAUCGACUAGGCUCAAUGCACGAGGCAGACUACUUUCGGGAAUUGGCUGGCGCAGACUUUCCGUCGAUUUUCAAAAUUGACAUUCCCUGGGGAUUGAUCCUGAAUCAAGACCCUAACCCUCUCUACGGCCAGACGUGGUCUUUGCUUCUCGAAUUAGAGAUAUCAACACCUCUAAUCGGUAUUCGAUUCACCUACCCUAAGUCAAACCAGUAUCUUGCUGUUGCAUUAGUCAAGUCCCUGAAAACCUGGGAUUUGAUCGAGCCCAAAGUGAGGUACCUGGCCACCAUGAAGAAGUCAUGGUACAAGUUUAUUUACAAGGCAUGGCUCGGAAACCGUGUUUCUAGCGACCUCGGCGUCAUAAGCAGCAGAUGUGCGUUUUUGGAGGCCCUAAAUAUCACGUUUGAUAGUGAGAGAAACCCACACUUUAACACAGAACAUUGA